AUGCGGCGCGGCGUGCUCAUCUUCCUCAUCUGCAACAUCGCAUUGGUCCUGUUCCUGCUGCACUCCGUCUGGACCCUUCUCGAGCUGCUCGUCUUCAAUGGCAUUGAGGAUGCAAUCACCAGGGAGGAACUGCCGGCAAUAGGUGCUGAGCAUGACGAUGCAGACGAAGAUGAACAAUUGAUCCCGAAAAUCAUACAUCAAACCUACAUCAACACGAGCAUACCUGAGGUGUGGCAAGAGGCGCAGCAGAGUUGCCUGGACUUUCACAAGGACCCUGAGUGGGAGUACAAAUUAUGGACGGACAAGGCAUCGCUGGAAUUCAUUGCUGAAGAGUAUCCCGAGUUCUUGGAGACAUUCCAGAACUACCGCUACCCUAUCCAACGAGCAGAUGCCAUUCGAUACUUUGUGCUGGAUCAUUUCGGAGGCGUAUACAUUGACCUGGAUGACGGCUGCAACCGGCCAUUGGAGCCUCUGCUCAACUACCCUGCGUUUGUGAGGAAGACGGUUCCUACAGGAGUCAGCAACGAUGCAAUGGGCGCUGUGCCGCAUCACCCAUUCUUCCAAAGGGUGAUUGAAGAGCUGCAGAAUUACGAUCGCAGUUGGGUGCUGCCUUACAUCACUGUCAUGGCAAGCACGGGGCCGCUGUUCCUCAGCAUUAUAUGGAGACAUUAUACCGAUGAGGGGUACAAUAUUGGAGAUGGGCCGGAUGGAGGGCGGAUCAGGAUUUUGUUCCCUGAGGAAUACAACAACUACCCUUGGAGCUUCUUUACGCACCAUUUGGGUAACAGCUGGCAUGGAUAUGAUGUGCAGCUGAUCUUUUGGAUGGCCCGCAACUGGGUGUUCCUUACCGUACUUGGCUUCAUCCUAGGCGGCGGUGUACUUUUCCUCGGAUGGUGGAGCUACCACCGAUACUUCCUCACAUCCUCAGAUGUGCCUCGAUGGAAGAGUCAAUCAGCACGGUCAAGAAUCCCAUUUUGGUCACGGCAAAGGCAUCGAUCAGAAUAUGAGCUGGUCAACCGCCAUGAGCCGUAA